CUCUUUCUCUGACUGACACACCCACUGCCUUCGCCUUCGCCUUCGCCUUCGUCCCCAAUGGAAAAUUUCUCUCUUCUGCUACUCUUCCGCCGUAUACUCGCUCCUCCUCUCCGCGACUUCAAAGCUUUCUUCUUCUACAGACCCACCCACUGAGUUUUCAGCCACGAAAUGGCGAAUACGAGUGAGUUUCAGCCGAGUUUAGACGAAGGCUAGCACUAGCAGCAGGGUGGAUCGGAUUGGUUUUGGUUUUGGUUUUGUUUGUUUUUUCUUUUGUCGAUCGCUAUUAAUUUUUGGUCUUUGUUUUGAAUAUAUUUGUAAAAUUUCUUCUUGCCUCUCGCGCCGCAUGUUGGUCUUUUUAGUUUAUUGCAAUCUUCACCAAUACCACUGCAUCGUCCUGUGUCUGUAUGUCUCGUCGUCUCCCAUGUUGUCGCAGAAGAGAAACCCGGAUGAUGGAGAUGCUCCGGCUGAUGGUGACAAUCCCGAUGAUAAGCGUAGGAAGUUUAGUUUGAUGAGUGUGGUUCGUGAUGCGUUGUCACUGCAAUCAAUGCAACAGUUAUUGGAGCCAGUCAUUCGUAAAGUGGUGAGGGAGGAGGUUGAAUUGGCACUAAGGAAGUACGUAACCAAUGUGCAAAGGAAUGAUGAAAAGGAUGGGAAAGCAAUCUAUUCUUCCGGGCCGAAAUGCUUUCAAUUGAAGUUUGCAGCUGAUAUGUCUCUCCCGGUUUUUACUGGAGCUCGAAUUGAAGGAAGAGAUGGUUCCAACUUGAAGGUGGCUUUGAUUGACAAACUAAGUGGGGAAAUCGUCGAUGCUGGACCUCAGUCCUCAGCCAAAGUGGAAAUUGUGGUGCUCGAGGGUGAUUUUGAGGGCGGAGGUGAUAAUAAUUGCACUAUAGAGGGGUUUAAGAAUAACAUUGUAAGAGAGAGGGAAGGAAAAAAACCACUUCUUACAGGAGAUACAUUUGUGAAUCUCAAAGAUGGCAUUGGUUUGGUAGGUGAGAUAUCCUUCUCUGAUAAUUCAAGCUGGACCAGAAGUCGUAGGUUCAGGCUGGGUGCAAGAAUUGUAGACGGCAAUGAUGGAACAAGAAUUCUAGAAGCAAAGACUGCAUCAUUUGUGGUCAGGGAUCACCGUGGAGAAUUGUACAAGAAGCACCACCCUCCAUCUCUGCAAGACGAAGUGUGGAGAUUGCAGAAAAUUAGUAAAGAUGGAGCCUUUCAUAAGCGCCUGAGCCAUAAAAACAUUGAGACGGUGCAGGAUUUCCUAACUCAACUUUAUGUAUAUCCUGCAAGGCUUCGUAAUAUUCUUGGCCCUGGUAUGUCUACCAAAAUGUGGGAUGCUACAAUUGAGCAUGCACAAACAUGUGUGCUCGAUAGGAAGAUUUACUUGUAUAAACCUCGUGAUUUGGAACAGAAAAGCGGCGUGGUUUUUAAUGUUGUUGGACAAGUGAUGGGGCUACUUUCAGAUUACCAGUACGUUCCCAUAGAUAAGCUAUCUGAAACUGAAAAGGUUGAUGCUCACAACUUGGUUAUCUCCGCAUACGAGCAUUGGGAAGAAGUUGACUCUAUUGAUGAUGAAACUUCUCUAGUAGGUGGUUCUUCUCAACCAGUCAGUUUCCUUUACACCCCAAGCUCACCAGCGGAAGACCAUUCUUAUGGUGGCAAGUACUUGGCUUCUCCAAAAUUUAGUGGCUUUGAUUUUACACCGUCAAAUGCCUAUUCUUCUGACCUUAUUUCAUCGAUGGGUUCCAUCGGGAGUGCUGGCGGUUUGGAUGAUCAUGCUUUGCAGGGUUUCGAUACUAUGGUUGUAAGAUAUGACCAGAUUCCAAGUUCCCCAAAUUUUGCUCACUCUUCUCUGAUCUGCGAUUCCGAACCACUAAAUUCAUCUUUCUAUGAUGUGGAUCAUCUCCAAGUUUUAGAGUCUGAUGUGCAAUGUAGCUCGAUUUUAGAAACACAAGCUACACUUCAAGGUGGCCCCUCAUCGUGGUCGCGUGCUCAAAUUAGAUGGACUCAGAUAUAUGGUGUGCUAAGAUGGUUCAUUUUGAUGAGAUCUGUUAUUAGAAGAAAUAAACGCGUAUUCGAGAGAUUCAACAGUACCGUACAGGGUCGGGGAAAGGAAAAAUUGGACUAUGGUUGAGACUGGAAAACCCAAAAUGUCCAGGUUAUGAAGAGAUGCAAGGGGGGUGUUGUUAUUUCAUAUGGAUGGGGCUGUGCAGUUUUUUCAUGUGUCUUGGCUUGCUGUGCACGUCUCUGAGCCAGAAGAAUUUUCUCUCUGAUUAAGUGUGUACAUUAUAUAGCAAUUUUCAACACUUUCAGAAAGUCUCUGGUUCGGUUGAUGGUUGAUCAUGAAUGAGGAUGCCCAAGAUGAUUAUCUUCGGUUCCUUUUUUUUUGCAGAUGUUUAUACAUCUCUGUACAAAAUAAACUCUCUUUCUGCCUCUUUUUUUGCAUUAGGAAUGGGAGGUUUUUAAAGUACUAGUGCAUAUAUUUUCUUCUCAAGGACUUGGUGUCUUGAGAGCAUUCACUUUUUCCUCCUUUUCAGUGCCUGUAGACUCUUUAUAAUCUUCUCUCUGCUGAGAGAGAAAAAAAAGCAAGAACUAAAGAGGUCAUUUUAUGUGCUCAGUUGUCUUCCCUGAUCCACCUCAUGAACCUAUUACUUCUCUGUAGUGAGAGUACGUUGAAAACGAAACUGUCUGAUGUCGAUUGCAAUGUUGCUUUGAUUGAUUUCAA